AUGGCCACGAUCAAGGACAUCAAGGCUCGCCAGAUCUUUGAUUCGCGCGGCAAGCCGACCGUGGAGGUCGACCUGAUCACAUCUGCGGGCACCUUCCGCGCCGCCGUGCCCAGCGGCAAGUCAACUGGCGUUCAUGAGGCCUGCGAGCUGCGUGAUGGCGACAAGUCCCUCUACAAGGGCGCGAGCGUCUUCAAGGCCGUGGCAAACGUCAACGAUGUCAUCAAGCCCGCACUGCUGGGCAUGGACGCGGCCGACCAGGCUGCCAUUGAUGAGAAGAUGAUCGCCCUGGACGCCACUGAGAACAAGAGCGCGCUCGGCGCCAACGCAAUCCUCGCGGUCUCAAUGGCGGCAUGCAGGGCCGGUGCUGCGUCCAAGGGCGUCCCGCUGUACCGCCACAUCGCCGACCUGGCAGGCAACCAGCGGCCGAUGCUGCCCGUGCCGUCCUUCAACGUCAUCAACGGCGGCGUGCACGCGGGCAACGUUCUGGCGCCCCAGGAGUUCAUGAUCCUCCCGGUUGGGGCCGGCUCUUUUGCGGAGGCCAUGCGCAUGGGCACAGACACUUACCACACCCUCAAGGAGCUGAUUGUGGAGAAGUACGGCCUGGACGCCGCCAACGUGGGCGACGAGGGCGGCUUCGCCCCGCCCUGCGACAGCUUCGAAGCCGCCCUGGACCUGCUGACGGCCGCCAUAGGCAAGGCCGGCUACGAGGGCAAGGUCAAGAUUGGAAUGGAUCCGGCCAGCUCAGAGUUCUACAGGGAGAAGGAUUCUGUCUACGACCUGAGGUUCAAGUGCAAGCCAAAUGACGGCUCGGGGGAGCGCACCAGCGAUGCCAUGAUUGAGCUGUACAAGUCACUGGUGGACAAGUACCCGAUCAUCUUCAUUGAGGACCCCCUGGCCGAGGACGACUGGGAGGGCUUUGGCAAGAUCACCUCCCAAAUUGGGAAGGCGUACGAGAUCAUCGGGGAUGACCUGCUGUGCACCAACCCUAAGCGCAUCCAGCGCGCCAUUGAGGCCAAGUCCUGCAAUGCCCUGCUGCUUAAGGUCAACCAGAUCGGCUCUAUCACAGAGUCCAUCAAGGCCGUCAAGAUGGCCAAGGCCGCCGGGUCUGGUGAGACUGAAGACACGUUCAUCGCCGACAUCAGCGUGGGCCUCUCCACGGGUCACAUCAAGUCGGGCGCCCCCUGCAGGUCGGAGCGCAUGGCCAAAUACAACCAAUUGCUCAGAAUUGAGGAGGACUUGGGACAGGAGGCCACCUACGCCGCUGGAAACUGGCGCUACAUCGCAAUGGAGUGA